GUUAUAGAUUAUAAAAGUUCGAAUGUUUAAAAUGCAAAUGUGAAACAAAACCUUUUCCUUCUUUUUUCUUUUUUCGUGCUUUCUUCUCCAAAUUUGGUUCUUAUCAAUCAUUUCUCGUUCUGCUCUUUCCCUCUCUCCCUGUUCGUUUAAAUGACACACCUUCGUCCAAUCCUAUAGUUCUUUUCUGUAACUAUUGAUGUUAUACUUUUAACAUCACUCUUUCGUUUUUAAACAGGUGAGAAACCCUAGAUUUUUUCUUCUAAUUAUAUGAUAAACAACUCCAAUUAUUGCUUGUGUGUGAAGCUGGAUCCUCAAGUUUGUAGCUUUGUCACCUUUGGAGCAUAAUCUUGACUUGGGAUGGCGUUUGAAGGCUUUGAUCCUAUCUUUAGCAAACCCAAAGUGGAAUGGACUUCNCGGAUGUUAAGUUGCUCCUAUGUUCUGGAGUUCAUUGUUACUUUUGUUGUUCUUUCAGAGCAAGAGCACUCUGCCCGGACAAACAUGUUAGCAGCUGAAAAGGAAAGAAAUGAGAGCAUUCAGCUGGAACAGAGGCAAAAGUUUCAAAAGAUUAGAGACUUAGACAAUGGUGUUUCAACUAAGGGAUUGCAAAACUCUCCAGACAAGCAAGCAACUAGGCAUGGAGGUUCUACUAAAGUCAAGAAUCGUAAGGUGCCAGCAUAUCGCAGGACCAAAGUAAGAGGGGCCCUCUUGCAUGAUAAUGAGGAAUGAGUUAUAAUUGAGUUCCAUUCAAACCAGUUGCUUAGUAGGAAGGAAGUGAAAGAACGAACAAAACAAAGUAGCAUUCCAUUGAAUUUCAGAUGUUUUUGCUUGGCUUGGUACAUGGGGAAAUUUGAUGGGAUGGGAGACUGAGAGCAGGGAACAGACGAAGCAAUAGGAUUGGUGUUGUGUUCGUGUAUGUUUUCAACUUUUCAUGGUAAAAGCUGAAAGACACCUUCAAAAGAAGAAACGUAUUUGGUUGAGAGUUCGCAUAGAAAAGAUAACAUAGUUUGGUUAUGUUUCACUUGAUGAUAAAACUUAAGACGGCCAGAGUGAAUUUAAACUAAUCUGACAUUAUAGUGGACAUGCUUGUAUAUACUAAUUAUUUAAACGUGUACAAUAUUUUUUAUUAGUGCUUUUGGACACCCUGUGUUGUGAAAAAAAUAUUUUUCUUUUCUUAAAAUUUGGGAAUAGGCAGGAAAUUCAUGAUAAGUUGUCCACCCAAAGUUUGUGCUUUAGGUGUAGUGUAAUGUGCUCAACCUAACUGCAGCACAUGGAAUGAAAUCUUCAGUUGGUUAACCA